AUGGGGGUCGUGUCUGAAUGCGGCUGUAUUCGGGAACAGGAUCAAACGGAAGCCUGCAAACCUGAGUGGCCUCGCCCGGAAACAUUUUGGCCCCGGAUUUACUGCUACGGGGAGCUCCUGCACCAGGUUCAGAUGGCGAAGCUCUACCAGGACGACAAGCAGUUUGUGGACAUGCCACUGUCCUCGACCCCAGACCGAGUUCUGCAGCACUUCCGGGAGCUGGCCGCCCGCCACAACCACAGCAUUCCCACGCCACUGCUUCGCGCCUUCAUCCAGGAACACUUCCAGGCCGCGGGGCAGGAGCUGCAGCCCUGGACCCCCGAGGACUGGAAGGACAGCCCCCGGUUCCUGCAGAAGAUCUCGGACCCCAAGCUGCGAAUCUGGGGGGAGCAGCUGCACCAGCUCUGGAAGAAACUGGGAAAGAAGGUGAAGCCAGAAGUCCUCAGCCACCCCGAGCAGUCCUCUCUGCUCUACUCAGAACACCCCUUCGUUGUGCCUGGUGGGCGCUUUGUCGAAUUCUACUACUGGGACUCCUACUGGGUGAUGGAGGAGCUGCUCCUCUCUGAGAUGCCCGAGACCGUGAAGGGCAUGCUGCAGAACUUCCUGGACCUGGUGCGACUCUAUGGACAUGUCCCCAACGGGGCCCACGUGUACUCCCUGCAGCGGAGCCAGCGCCCCCUGCUGACUCUCAUGAUGCACUCCUACGUGGCUCACACCAACGAUACCGCCUUCCUGAGGGACAACAUCGGGACCUUAGCUUUGGAAUUGGACUUCUGGACUGAGCACAGGAACGUCUCUGUGAGCUCGGGGGGUGGGGGGAAGAGCUACGUCCUGAAUCACUAUUCUGUCCCUUAUGGGGGACCCAGGCCCGAGUCUUACAGCAAAGACGCGGAGGUCAGGCAUCUGGGUGGGGCUGGGACCCUGAUGUUGUGUGUCAGGCCCCGGUCCCCGGUCUGCUGCUGCCUCGUCAUCACAGGGGACCGGGAAGCUCUGUGGGCUGAGCUCAAGGCUGGGGCCAAGUCUGGCUGGGACUUCUCCUCGCGUUGGCUCGUCAAAGGCCCGAACCCCAACUUGCUGAGCAGCAUCCGGACCAGCAAACUCGUGCCUGUUGAUCUCAAUGCCUUCCUGUGCCAGGCAGAGGAGCUGAUGAGCGACUUCUACUCCAGACCGGGGAACGACCUCCAAGCCACAAAAUACAGAAAUAUGCGGGAACAGCGCUUGGCUGCCAUGAAAGCCAUCCUGUGGAAUGAGAAAGGUGCCUGGUUUGACUAUGACCUUGAGAACAGAAGGAAGAACCUCGAGUUUUACCCAUCCAACCUUAGUCCUCUCUGGUCUGGCUGUUUCUCUGACCCGGGAGUCGUGGACAAGGCUCCGAAAUAUCUGGAGGACAGCCAGAUCUUGACCUACCAGUAUGGGAUCCCGACCUCUCUCCAGAAGACAGGCCAGCAGUGGGACUUCCCCAAUGCCUGGGCCCCCUUGCAGGACCUGGUCAUCAGAGGUCUGGCCAAGUGUCCUUCACCUCGGGCCCAGGAAGUGGCUUUCCAGCUGGCUCAGAAUUGGACCCGAACCAACUUUGAGGUCUACUCCAGAAAGUCAGCCAUGUAUGAGAAGUAUGACAUCAGCAACGGUGGUCAGCCAGGUGGUGGAGGGGAGUAUGAAGUUCAGGAGGGCUUUGGCUGGACCAGUGGAGUGGUCCUGAUGCUCCUGGACCGCUACGGUGACCGACUGAGCUCGGGGACCCAGACCGCUUUCCUGGCACCGCAGUGCCUCACAACUGCCCUUCUGCUCGGCCUCCUGCCACGUCUGCCUAUUAACGUCUGCGUGAGUCCCCACCUUUUCUUGCCUCUGGAGACCCCAUACCCCACGCAGAGCCAGUCCUUGGAGGGGUCAGGGUAGGGACCUGGAAGUCAUGGGCUGUGUGCCCUUGUCCCUCCUGGAACCCCAGUAAGGAGGAAAUCCUAUUUUGCGGGGAACACCUAGCCCCAUAUCGCAUACAACCUGGCUUCCCAAACACGUACUCCAAAUGCUUUAUUGUUCCAUGGAGAUGCUUACAAAUACUGAAAAUCGCCCAGCCCAGGCCGGGCAACCAUGGCCCAGUGUUGGGCAGAGGAGCAGGGUUGUGGGCUUAGUGUUAAGGCG